AUGGAUCAGUCAAACCAACAAAACGCUGCCAAGCCACCACCUCAACAUAAUCGCGUCUUGCAGGAAAUCACGGGCCCUUUGGUUUUUCAGUGUUUAAAAUGUCGAUUGAUUGUGGGAGAUUCGUUUGCAUUCGUUACAGCAGAUCGUGAAUUGAAUUCGGUCGUGCUAUAUGGCUUGGUACUGAUCUAUUAUGGUCAAGAGAAGGAAUUGACAUUGGAAGGUAAAUAUGAAUAUAUUGAAACUUUCAAUUCGCUAAAAAGUGCUACGACUCAUUUUCCAUCUCGACUACAUAGUACAUACAUUAUGAUAUAUUGUACUGGUUGUAACUCGACACUCGGGAAAGUAUGGCGUACUACACCACGUAAAUUGGAUUAUAUUCGAGAUUUGUACUCGUUAAAUCUAGAUCGUGUAAUGAUCUAUCAACUUGGGGAUUUUAUUGAUCCAAAAUCUACGCCGUCAGAUACUCAUACUUUACCGAGUGCUAGGAUGCAACAAAUCUCAAUAAAUAAGCUUAAAGACAUGAUUUUAAUGCUUAAUGAGCGGAUCACAACAAUGGAGCAUACUCUUAGUAAAUUCGUCAGCAUGCCAUCGAGUGAUUCUGCGGCAUCCUCGACUGAAGGUAGCAACGUGCAUUGUUACAAUUCUUGUAUAAAAUCUUUAUCGAGCAAGGAAAAAUAUUUAAAAUUAGUUUGA